AUGGGCCAUGGCUCAUUCCUCCGCCACAUGCACUGUGACAUUAUGGUGCUUGGCCCCUGGGAGGGUUGUGCUGUGGCAUUUGUUCUUGGUUGUGGAAUUGGUGUCCUCCUGCGCUUGUUCUGGGUCUUGGCCGUCCUGACUUACCGCGCCGUCAGCGGCACCAGGGACAACAACACUCUCGAAGAAAACUACAUCAUCUUCGAGCAAGACACUGAGAGUAUCUUUGUCCCUCCUCCCCAGUACACCGACGAAAAGGUCGAGGCCAUAGCAGCGCCGUCCGAAGAGGAGGAGCACACAAAACCAGGGUAUGCAGGGGAUGCUGAUGGAGAUGCUUGGUAG